AUGGCACCAAAGACGCAAAAGUUAAACCAAAAGGAAGCGGCUGCAAAGACUCAACAAUCAAAAUGCAAUGAAGUGAACCGAGGCAAAAAAAUUUCAUCAUUAGUUCCUGAAGCUACAACUCCAAUACGAGCAGGAAGAAUUGCAUCCUUAAUGCCUGAUGUUGCAACUCCAACACGAACAAGAAGUAGUUCAUCUCUAUUAGGUGGUGAUAAACCUUUACCAGCAUCAUUUACAGAAAUGUCAAAUAUACUUUAUGUUUGCAAUUGGCUAGUAAAGCGGCCACAUAUUUUAGAACUUGCCAAUCAAAUGUUAACAGCCAAUAAUACAUCAUCAAACACUAACAUGGUUGUGAAUUCUCUACAUGGAAAUGAUAAUUUGCUAGGAAUGAAUAAAGCACACUUAAGGAAUGAAGAAAGCAAAUGUUUAUUUCUUCGUAUUCGUAAUCCUUCAUCAUCUGACUUAAAUAACUUUAUAUUAGCUGUUUUGGGAUAUAAGCCUUGUAGUGAAAUGGCAAAGGAUUAUGGUAAAAUUGUUUAA